CGCUCUUUCUCUAUUCUCUUUCCCUUUUUUUUAAAAAAAGAGGUUUUCAUGUUGAAACUGAUUUUAUUGUUGAUUACUCUUCUUUACUGUUUUGUGGAUGCAAAACAGGUCCAUUACAAGACUCCUUUGGGUGUUGACUAUCAAGGCCCUGUCUUGAAGGUAUCCCGUAAAAUUUUGAAUACCAAAAAGGUCCCUUUUGUUGAACAUCCCGCAGGUAAUAACUCCUGGUUGGGCAUGAGCGUGGAUUUCAAGUAUAUCAAACCCGUCUUUGAAGAGCUCAAUUCGACUGCUGUUCCUUUAUUGAGCAGAGGUGAGUCCCAUAUCACUGUUGUCUCUCCUCCCGAGUUUGCUGUCCUUGCUUCGGCAGGCGUGACUAUUGAACAAGUUAACGAUAUCGCCCGUAAGAACAAGAUCCAAUCUAGCAAGCUCAAGAUCGUUUGCCUUGGAAAGGAAGAUGUGACGAUCAACAAUGUCAGAAAGAUCGUAUACCAAAUCAUCGUAAAGUCAGAUGACCUUGUCAAGAUCCGUCGAGAGAUAUUCAAGCUGUAUGUUCAAAAGAAAGGAAAUACGGCACUCUUUGAUCCAGAGUCAUUCUGGCCCCAUAUUACCGUUGGAUUUACUUCAAGCGACGUAUUUAUCGAACAAGGAGUUUAUAAAGGGGCUAACGUCUGCUAUCGUCCCAUCCUCCUUGACUAAAUAUUUAUAAAUUUAAAAAACACGGUAUCAUUCC